AUGGCCAUGGCCGUCGCCGACGUGGACAAUGAUACAAGGGGGUGGAUCAUGUGCAUCGUGAGCGGUGUUGCAUGUCUCCUCGGUGCCGGCAUUAUAUAUAUCGAUGCUUUUGUGCGAGUAUUCCCCGGCCAAAAGAACUUUCGAAUACAGGAUAGCAAUACAUUCCUGGCCUGCUCCUUGAGCUUGAGUUUUGGUGUCAUGCUUUUCAUGUCAUUAAAUAACAUGCUGCCCGAAGCGAAAGAAUACUUUGACAAAGGCGGUUUCGACGAACAGGCCGGAGGCUUCGUCAUGAUGGCAUGUUUUGUUGGUGGCUUCGUGGGAAUUCAAGCGCUCUCGAGGCUGUUGCACCGCUUCAUACCGACGCACGUUGUCGACUGUGACCAUAGUCAUGAAGAACAUGCCCUGGAAGGCCAUUCUCAGUCAGGCGGUCGUAGUCGAGCCACGUCUCGCGCCCGAAGCACCGACAAACGCCGACAGUCUCUUACUACACACAUCAAUGGUCCGAUACCGCAAGUGAUGGAAAACGGACAUGCUAGUGAAUCGACCCCUCUGCUGCCAGCUGAGCUUCCGUCCCGCAGCGCCCACACCCAGCCGCUCAUGCGAGCAGAUACCGUUAGCAUCGGCAGCCUGGCCCGUUCUGGCUUUCGUGGGCCUCGCAGCAGAGCUGCCACCUCGGCCAGAAGACCUUCGAUGCUACCGAAGAGGGUUAUGUCCUUCGUCAAAGACACCAAAUUAAACUGUGAUGAUGGGGGUCCCUGCUACGGAUACUCGGACCCAUGUGGGCAAGAAUGUUUCAAACAUGUCACCAGCCGUUCUGCACUAAUAUCCCGAGCACCAACUUUACUUCGAAGCGCCACGGGGUAUGUCGACAACACAUACAUGGAACGAGUGCCCGAAGAUGAGGACCAACAAGACAUGUCUCCAGUGAGCCCCGGACAGCACAGAAGUCGCACCCACUCACGUGAGACAUGCCACGAAGAACAUCAGGAAUGCGAUUCCGAGACCUCGGACGAUCCUGAGGCUCAACAUCACCACCAUGUCGCUGAAAACGCGUUCUUGUCGAUCGGCCUUCAAACCUCUAUAGCCAUCGCGCUUCACAAGUUUCCCGAAGGUUUCAUCACAUAUGCCACCAAUCAUGCAAACCCAGCUCUGGGAUUCAACGUCUUCUUGGCCCUAUUCGUGCACAAUAUCUCGGAAGGGUUCGCUCUCGCGUUACCCCUUUAUAUGGCACUCAACAGCCGCGUACGUGCUAUACUCUGGGCCUUCCUCCUGGGUGGCUUAAGUCAACCAUGCGGAGCCGGCAUCGCUGCGCUGUGGUUCAAGCUCGCCAAGCAUACAAACAUGACGCCUGACGCGGUAGCGUAUGGGUGCCUCUUCGCCAUCACGGCCGGCAUCAUGGUCAGCGUCGCCUUGCAGCUGUUCGUCGAGAGUCUGAGUCUGAAUCACAACAAGAACUUGAGUAUUCUAUUCGCCUUCUCAGGCAUGACGCUGCUAGGGCUCAGCAGCGCUUUCACGUCGGAUGUCCAUUAG